AUGAACCAGAACAACCACACAAUUGUGAAGGAAUUUGUCUUCCUGGAACUCACUCGAUUUCAGGAGCUGGAGCGCUUCUUGUUUGUGGUCUUCCUUCUUGUGUAUGUAACAACUGUGUUGGGCAAUGCCCUCAUUGUGGUCACUGUCACCUGUGAAUCCCGCCUCCACACGCCCAUGUACUUUCUACUGCGAAAUAAGUCCGUCCUGGACAUUAUCUUUUCAUCCAUCACUGUCCCCAAGUUCCUGGUGGAUCUUUUAUCAAGGAGGAAGACCAUCUCCUACAAUGGCUGCAUGGCACAGAUCUUUCUCUUCCACUUUGUUGGUGGGGCAGAUGUCUUUUUCCUCUCUGUAAUGGCCUAUGACAGAUACCUUGCAAUCGCCAAACCCCUCCACUACGUGAGCAUGAUGAGGAGAGAGGUGUGGUUAGCCUUGGUGGUGGCUUCCUGGGUGGGAGGUGGUCUGCAUUCAAUUGUCCAGACAAUUGUUAUGCUUCCACUUCCCUUCUGUGGCCCCAACAUUCUGGACACCUUCUAUUGUGAUGUGCCCCAGGUGGUAAAACUGGCCUGCACUGACAUCUCUGCCGUGGAAAUUUUCAUGAUUGCUCACAACGGACUACUGACCCUACUGUGGUUCCUCCUACUUCUGGGGUCCUACACUGCUAUUCUGGUGAUGCUGCGAUCCCACUCUGGGGAGGGGUGGAACAAGACCCUGUCCACUUGCACCUCCCACAUCAUGGUGGUGACCCUCCAUUUUGUGCCAUGCAUUUAUGUUUACUGUCGCCCUUUCAUAACACUGCCCAUGGACACUGCAAUAUCCCUCAAUAACACAAUCAUCACUCCCAUGCUGAACCCUAUGAUCUACACUCUAAGGAACCAAGAGAUGAAGUCAGCCAUGAAAAGACUACAAAGACGACUUCAAUCAUCUGAAAGCAGUGUACUAGGGUGA